GAUAAAUUUAAAUGCCUCAAAGCGUGGAUAAAAAUGUCUCUGCACUCUCAAACUAAACAUGUCAAGUAAUCAAUUAGGAGUAACUUGCCACCCCCAACAUUUAGGUUGGGUUUAUAUUAUUCUAUGGCGUAUAUUAUUACUCACAUUUCCUGCCCCCUAAGGUUUUCGUUUUGUGAUUAGUGUAAACUGAACUUCUUUUGUGUUUUUGUGAUUUUCCUAAUGGCAGUUUCCUUCAGGAGGAUCUUCUCACCUCCCAAUUGUCUCAAAGUGUGCGGACUGCCGUCUAAUCCAGGGAGGAUUACAGAAAGACUGAGUGACGUUUAGCCUCCACAGCAGAGCAGCUGAUCUGCUGAUUCAAACGGGGAAGCUUCCUAAUAGCUGUUGCUCCGGUUACUGGUCACCAGCGUCCGACUCGGACGACGAGCCCGGCAGCAUGUCCAGACGCAGCCAACGUCUGGACAACAGCCUUCUGGAUUGUAGACUGCCACUCGGCAGCGCCUCCCUCAACAUGGGAGGAAAUGCUUGGAGAAACGCAAGGAUGUUGAAAUCGCACCGUCCUCUGCAACAGUCCGCGUCCUGUUCGGAGUCGCUCCUCUCCUCCACACCUCGUAAAUCCUCCAACCAGUCUCUGCACGGCGACAUUACCGAUGCCUCGCUGCUCUCAUCCUUGUUGGACAAGUCUUCCUUCCACGAGGCCUCCAUGCAGGAGAGCACGGGAGCUGACAACUUUUGGGAGGGCACCAUCAUGGAGGAGCAGAACAGCACGAUGGCCGACAGCGUUCUUAUUGGCUCCGACAUCCGCUGUCAUCCCAAGCACUCUGUUCAAACACCAACUCGAGUUUCCUACAAAGACGGCAACUGCGGCGUGAGCGAGCACAGCACCUCAAACGUCUUGUACGCGGCGGCGCACUCAUCCGUCCCGGAAGCCUCCACCAUCUAUUGCAAGGAGCGAAGACAGCCAUUCAGAACAGCUCGUACGGACCACGGCGGCAACAUGAGCGCCAAGCAGAGGGAGCUUCACCCCAACGGAUCUUUAUGUGAUGACUGCAAGGAGAAACAGCACGCAGAGCAGACUCGCGUUGACGACGGCGGCUCGCCUUGGUCCGCUCGGGCCCGGGCGUUCUGCCACUUGAUGUGGAACAUCACUGUGUUUACAGGUCGGUCGUCCAACCUGGGCGGCGUGUUAAAGUGGAUCAGCAGACUUGGUGACGGCCCUAUGUUGACUCGGUUGCCCCUCGCGCUCUUGUUUGUUUUUGUCAUCCCCUUCAGUUUGUGUUGGUUUGCCCUGGACAGUCUACCUGCUCUAAGCAUCUCUGACAGCCCUACCCCUACCCCUGCCCUGUCGCAGGAGGUGAGCUUGACAUUCUUAGACCACGUUGCCACUCCUGGCCAGAUAAGUUUGUCUCAAGCAGCAGACGGAGAACCGCUCAUCUUAUCACAGCAAGUGGCGGAGUCGAUACGCCUGGCUCAUCUGGAGCGCAGCCUGGCCUUGCUUUGGGAGCGUGUGGAAGCUGGCGAUCAGAGGGCAGAGCAGAGACACGGCGAGAUGAUCCGGAUGCACACGCAACUGCGGCACAACGACCAGAGCGGCAAAAUGUGGCUUAGCAGGCUGGUGGAGCGCCAGAUGGCCCAGCUGAGAAGGCAAAUGAAUGACCACAAACAGCAGAGGGAGCAGGAGUUAAUUUGGCUGCAGAGCCAAAUGUCUCGUCUAGAUCUUGUGGAAGUGAAUCUGCAGAAACUGGAGGCCCAGGAGGAGGUGGGCCGCCUGGAGGUAAUGCUGAGGGACAUCAGGCGUGAUGUGGACGCUCUUCUAGGAUGUCAACAAUUGGACCAGGAGACUAUCUCAGCUCAGGUUCAGCAGGGAGUUCGUACUGUGCUCUUCGGGAACGAGUGGUCCGAGUCCGGCUUCCCCGAUCUGCGGGCGUCUCUGGCCUCACUGGAGCGCAGCGUCCUUCAUAACAUCAGCCAUCAUCUAGAUCAGCGCCGCCGUGAGGAGGCGCUUACUCGAGAGGACGUGAACCUGAUGGUAAAAAACGCGUUGAGGCUCUUCUCCUACGACCGCACUGGCCUUGCGGACUACGCUUUGGAGUCUGGAGGUGGCAGCAUCUUGAGCACUCGCUGUUCUGAGACGUACGAGACCAAAGCAGCACUGCUGAGUUUGUUCGGAGUUCCUCUUUGGUACUUCUCACAGUCUCCGAGAGUCGUUAUCCAGCCAAACGUCCAUCCUGGGAACUGUUGGGCCUUCCGAGGCUCAGCGGGUUUCCUGGUGAUCCGCUUGUCAAUGAGCAUCCUCCCCACCGCCUUCUCCCUGGAGCACAUCCCCAAAGCCUUGGCGCCCAGCGGCACCCUGCGCAGUGCCCCCAGAGACUUCCAAGUCUAUGGUCUGGACGACGCCAGUCAGGAGCGGGGGACGCUGCUGGGCUCAUACACAUAUCAGGAGGACGGAGAAGCUGUGCAGACCUACCACGUCACCGAGGAGAAUGACCGUGCCUUCCAAAUCAUUGAGGUGCAAGUGCUGUCCAACUGGGGCCACCAGGAAUACACGUGUAUGUAUCGAUUCAGAGUGCACGGUACUCCCCAAGACACCUAAACAGACUUGCUGCCUUGUUUGUUUACAAUGCCCAUUUCCUGAUUUCAUCUAAGCGCUUUUUAAUCAUAAAAGGAUGAAAUCGUUGAACACACUGACCUUGUGGCCUUGAAUGUACCGCAAUUUCUCAAAGUUGCCUUCUUACAAUUGCACUCAACUCAAUGUUUUAUUUAUUUGGUUUUGGGUUAGUAUUUGUGUCAAAUGUUGGACCUUCUCGUUUGUUGUCUUUUUGAAUUUAAGAUGUAAAUAAAGAUUUAUACAACGUCUGUA